UUCUAACCUACAACAUAACAGAAAUAUAGAAACAGAAAACAAAAGCAUAUAACCUGAAAUCAGUGAAAAACGUUCAUACUGAUUUACGGAUCCUAUUAUAAUGCUAUAUUAAUUUAAUCUCUAAUUUGAACACAAUGUGCAGCUCAAAUACUUAUUUGGAGUUAUCCUCCAAUCCUCUUAGGUUUGAAGCAGUCAGUAAAGCUCGUUUGAAUAAUGUUUUCUAUGAUGAUUCGAACAGUCAGGUAUUUACUGUUUUGACUGGAGAAGUAACUGAUGUGGUUGUCAAGUCCGUAAAUUGUGAGUCUUCGAGAUCUUUUCGUAUUGAGGACAAAGGCCCAGUGGUAUCAAUAAAAUUUAGUCCUGAUGACAAGAUAUUAGCUGUUCAAAGGAACAAUGUAUCUGUGGAAUUCAUCCAUUUCUACAAUGGGAAACAAUCGCCAGAAAAGUCGCAUAGCUGUAACAUGAGAAAGGCUUCACUAAUAGGAUUUGUCUGGGUGGAAAAUUAUCAAAUAUUGUACAUAACUGAUAAUGGCGUUGAACUUCAUCAGUUGGAUGCUAUUGAGAAUAAAAUGACGUUGAGCCUGGUGAAAACGCUGCAACUCAGUGUGAACUGGAGUGUCUUCUGUCCUGAAAACAAAGUGCUUUGUCUGUCAUCCGGCACUCUAGGAACCACUCUUCAGCCUCUCCUUCUAGAAGCAAACACAAUCAACAAACUCAAAAAAAUUGAAGUUGAGCUAAGUGUGAUACCGAAACCUGCGAAAUUGAGCUUGCUUGAGAGAGAUGUUACUGUGUGUCAAAUAUAUGGAAAACCGCGAGUUCUUGUGCUGGGUAGAUCAGCCUCUGCAAACACCACUUCAGUUACUGUGUAUACUAUCUACAGUGCUGUGUCUGUAAAGAAGACUCACGUUCUUGAAUUGAAUAAUGGCGGUCGACUUGCCAUCAACAUCUAUGAUAAUUUAAUUCUGAUCCACUAUCAAGUUUCUAAGUCAACUGUGAUAUUCGAUAUUGGACUUGAGGCGGAGCACAACAGCUUAGUAUGGCUGCAUCAGCCUGUUACUCUUCCAGCAACCAUAGCUUCUUCAAUGCAGGAGUGUGAACUCUAUUCAGCAAAUUGGGUCAUGUUUCAGCCAAAUAUCGUUAUUGAUGCAAAGCUUGGUUGUCUAUGGCACAUUCAGGUUUUACUUGAGCCGUUUCUCGAACUAAUCACCGAUAAAUGUUGGCUACUUAAUUUCCUAAUGCUACGUUCGAAUUCAAAAGAAAUUAUAAUGAAGGUGAUAAAAUCAGUGAUAGAUGACAUGACAAUAAAUGGCAAUGCGCUGCAGCUUUUGGGUUCUCUUUUCGACCAAGUGAACGCCGUCUAUCGGCGUGUUCUGGAAGUUCGGCUGAUGAAGCAGAUGGGAUCACCUACGCAGGACAUAGCUGUGUCCUCCCUGGCCACGUUCACCGAAGUCACGCCCGAAAACUAUGUCGAUCAGUUCGACAUGUAUGUUCAUCUAUUCUCCAAAUUCACUGAGCAAACUGAAGCUGAUAAUCAAGUUCCGAUGAGCCGACGUUUGGUGGCCAUACUGGUUGAGUACUUCCGAUCGCUGACGGAUCUGCAAAUUCCAAUCGACAACUCGUUGCAAGUGCUUCUGAUUGAGUCACUAGUGCAGCAGCGAGCUUACUUCCAACUACUUCACUUUCUACAGUAUCAUGUGGUUUCCGACUCCAAGCACCUGGCGUGCCUUCUGCUGUCCCUGGAGAACCUCUUCCCUGCCGCCCACCAGCUCGGAGUUGAUAUGCUGCAAAGGCUGCCUGAUGCCACCGAAGAAAUAACUGAAGUUCUGCUUUCUAAACAACAAAUUCUACCAUCACUUAGGUACCUGUCAAGCAUGGGAAUGGAGAAGAGCACACGCGAUCUGUCAUCCAGGAAAUAUCUGGAACUUGCUCGACUCACCAAUAACGACAGUUUGUUUUGUUCUGUUUUGAAUUUCUUCGAUAUUCGUAAAAACGAAUAAAUUUGGUUAUCAUUUACUUAAUGUAACAACAAGAAUAUGAACAGUUUGAUUGUAUCAAUUUCAAAUCUGGUUUAAAAAACCGUUAUUCCUUAAUCUUUUUAUUUUACUUUAUCAUUAGUUGUUGUUAUUCAAUUUACCUUCAAAGUUUAUAACUCUUCAUCAACUGUAUUAUUUCCCUUGUUAUUUUGCAUAC